AUGUUCUCCACGAUAAUAAUUAUUUUUCUUGUUUCCCAUACAAUAUUAUCAACGACAACGCCUGUUACAGUAUACAAUAAUGCCUAUUUUUAUCCAACUGAUACUCACUAUUUACUGAGUAAUCUCUCGUCAAUAAGUUCCGUAAACGACUGUCUUUGCCAAUGCUAUAAUAAUACGAUUUGUUUCACGGCUAAUUACUUCGGUACUACUCAUCAAUGUAUACUAUACUUUGCACAAUUAAAUCAGGGACAAUUACGAGUGGCAACGGCUGCUAUUGAUGCAAGUGUUUACUCUGUCGAAAACAAUACAACCGUGUCAUUUUUUAAACGAACAAAUGAAACUGUAUAUAAUAUAUGGAAUACAACUGCAGGUGGUAGUAGUAUAUAUGCAGUGUCUGGCUAUUAUUCUGGUAACUAUUAUCCAACUGGACCAGCACAAGUCGCAUUUGAUGGGAAUCUUACUUCGAGAGCUUGUAAUUAUGGAGCAUGCAAUUACAGUUUUGGAGCACUGGCAUGUGGAGAAAAAACUGGUUUCUAUCUAACAAUGAAUGGUGGGCCAAAAGUUCUUGUAGCAUUCUAUAUGAGUUCAGGCUUUGAGCCAACGAGUCGAGUGCGUGAUCCUAUGACGAUUACUAUUGAGGGCAGCAAUUUAAAUGGAUCGACUCUUAUACUUGGCUCCAGCUGGACUUUAAUAUACAAUGGUUCUGCAGGAUUCAUAAUAAAUCCUGGACGAGCAGCUUGGGGUACAUUGCAAUUGAUUCCAAAUCCUUUAACUGCGUUCGCAAGCUAUCGUCUGCUUGUCACUUCAAAACAAGGGUCUGACACUUGUUCAUCAUAUGGUGAAGUUUUAUUCGCUGUACGCUGA